AUGAAUACAUCAGGCAAGCAGCGAAAACUAAUCAGCUAUCACCAUCAUUUUAUGCAACAUUCAAAUAGACGAAGGAAUAUCACACGUCCAUCAUUGGACUCUUUAGCUCUUUCGAUGGUUGAUUCAUUAGGCGAAACUAUCUCAUCUAUGUCAUCUAUAAAUACCUCUCAGAGUAUGUCAGCAACCAUUAUAGAUUCUCAAGAUUCUCGUGAAGAACAAGCCGAAUCACUAUAUCAACAAGGACACUUUUUUCUCCAUUACGCAACACCCAGAAAACCUGAACUAGCAUUCGCAAAAUUUACAGCUGCCUCAGCGCUCGGUUCUUUAGCUGCAAAACAUCAACAAGCUUAUUGUUUGCAACAUGGCGUUGGUGUCGAAAAGGAUGAAAAAAAAGCAGUUUCAAUAUAUUCAAAGUUAUGUGCCGAGCCGAAUCCAAUGGCCGCAUCGUUAAAUCAAUUAGGGAUAUGUUACCAUUUAGGCAUUGGAGUAGAAAUUGACGAAGAAAGAGCUGUAACUUGUUACAAAAGAGCCGCAGAACUAGGAAAUCAGGAUGCAAUGUUCAAUUAUGCCUAUUGUUUACGACGUGGAACAAACACCCAGCAAGAUAACGAGAAAGCAUACUCGAUUUACGUCAAGCUCGCCGAAAUGGGUGAUCUACAAGGCAUGAAACUUGCUGGUAACUGCAAAGCAAUUGGCUUAGGAACAACCGCAUCAUAUGAAGAAGCUCUUGACUUAUUCAAAAAAGCCAGUGAGAGUGAUACUUAUUGGGGCGCCAAGUCGCAAUAUGCCAUUUAUCUUUUGAAUGGUAUCGGCACCGAGCCGGAUCACGUUAAAGCUUUUCAAAUACUUUCCGAGACAUGUGAUCGUUGGCCUUGUGUUCCCGGCACGAUAAAAAUAUUAUUAGGCCGAUGCUAUCAUUUCGGCGUCGGUGUAGGACAAGAUUUGGAUGCCGCGUUAUACUGGUAUGAGCGUGCAUUACGAAGUUAUGGAAUGUCGAUGUCAUUGGUUGACGAAUGCGAAUUUUUAAUCAAAGAUGUGCGAGAAAAAUUGGUGUCCACGAAAAAAGGAUGCUAA